GUGAUUAGUUUCUUCCAACUCCUAUGCUUACUUAUAGAUUAUAAUACCUUUGCAUUUUUGUAUUUUUGUGUAUAACUUUUAAAAGAAUCCCUUCAAUAAAAAAAAAAAAGAAUCCCUUCCUACAUUUACUUCUUGGCUAAAAGAAUUUAGGGGAACAAUGGAGAAUUAUACUCUGCUGAAGUGCUCUGAACAGAGGGAAAAUAAUUAAUUUGAGGUCAGAAAUGAGUUGAUUGAGGGUGCUGGUAAGUUCAUGCAGAUGCCAUCAUUAAAAGGAAUAAACUGAACUUUCCAGAGGCAAGCAUUAGAAAUACAAGAGGAACUAGUAGGGACACAUGCCUAUAAUUCAGCACUGAGAAGUCCGUGUGUUAAAAGCCAGCUUGGGCUACAUGGUGAGUCCCAGGUAAACCUGGGGUACAAUACUCAGCCUUAAAAAACUCAAAAUUACAAAACUAAGUCCAGAAAUAUACCUAGCUUAAAAUAGUCGUUGGUAAACAUUUCAGUUAGGUUUCAAGUUUUUUUCCAGGAAAGUAAUUUUUCGAUUGUGUUUCUGAGCUUAACCCAGGAAAGAAUGUGUGUUUAAGUAUAAGACUGAUUAGCAAUACUAGAAAUUGUGAGCAAAAUCAUGAAUAAUACUCCUAUAUCUUAAAUGGGAUCCAAAACCUAGAAUGAAAUAAACCAUGUCCUGCUUUUGGAUUUUGGAGACAGGGUCUCACUAUAUAGCCCACUCAGACCACAGAAGAUCUUCCUGUUUCCACUUGACCUAGUCUGGGCUAACUGGUGUGCUGUCAGUCACAGUUCAUGCCACUUUGAUACCAUCAUUACUCCCAGAAGUGAUAGGGAUUUGUUUGUUUAUUGGUUUGUUUGAGAGUCGUUUAUGAACUUUGGACCCUCUUGCUAUCACUUCCCAAGUAUGCUAGGAUUACUAGUGUAAGCCAGGUACGUUUCACCAUGCCCAGCAUUUGCAUUGCUGGGACUAGAACCCAGGGCUUUUUUGAUCAUGCUACAGAAGUCCUCUACCAACUGAGCUACAUCCCUAAACUCCUAGACUGAUGUCUCUAGUCCUGACAAAAAAAAGUGUUAAACACCAAUCUUCAUUUCCUCCUUUAACUUUGGUACCUGUUCAAAAGAGUCAGUUUUGAAAACAAUUUUAAGAUAAUUAUAGCCACAGGAAGUGCAAAGUCAGUACAGAGGUUUCUUGGAUCCUUAUCUACUUUUCCCUCACAAAUUAUUUUUAUUUACUUAUUUUGUGUGGUGCUGGAGAUCUAUGCCAGGCAUGCCCAGGCAAUCAGUAAGCUAUAACCUAUGGUGUGUGUGUGUGUGUGUGUGUGUGUGUGUGUGUGUGUGUGUGUUGGAGGAGGUGGUGGUGGGGUGGAUAGAAACUUGCAAUAUAGUUAAGAUUUCUUGGAAUCUAGAUUCUCCUAUCUUAGUCCUCCAUGUGCCAUCAUGUCUGGCAGAUUUUUUGAGCAGAAGUUGAAUCUCUUGGGCCUAGCACAUACCCUGCCACUCAGCUGUGUCCCUGUCAGAAUCUUUCUGUGGUAAUUAAAGACUAAAGAUGGGAUGGGCUAGAAUGAGUCACCAAUGUCUUAGUGCUAUGCCACACAUGGAGAAGAUACUCAGCAUACCUCCUAGUUCUUGGAGCGUUUGCAAGCAUUUGUUCCCCCUCACCCCCUCACCCCCCACAAGGUUUCUGGCCUCGAACUCAGAAAUCCACCUGCCUCUGCCUCCCAAGUGCUGGGAUUAAAGGUGUGUGCCACUACUGUCCGGCUACAAAGCAGUAGUUUUAAGAAGAAGCUCAUGCAGCUGGGUGGUGGUGGUGCACACCUGUAAUCCCAGCACUCUGGGAGGCAGAGGCAGGCGGAUUUCUGAGUUCUAGGCCAGCCUGGUCUACAGAGUGAGUUCCAGGACAGCCAGAGCUAUACAGAGAAACCCUGUCUCAGAAAAACCAGAUCCAAAAAAAAAAAAAAAAAGAAGAAGAAGCUCAUGCAAGAUUCCAUUCCACCUUUCCUUUGCACUCUUGUUCAUUUCCCUCUGCUGAGGUUGCUCCUUGAUGUAAGACAUAAAUGUCUUCUUUAGAAAAUCCUAAGCAACCGUGCUUAUGAAAAGUUCAGAUUAUGCAACAUUUUGGUGUCUUAGGUAAUGGCUAUCAGUUUUAGGAUUAGUUAAAAAUAAGUAUGUGUCUGCGUGGGGUAGGGGUUCUCAGGUAUCUUGAGACUGACCUUGAAUUCCCAUCAUCCUGCUUCACCUCCCAAGAAGAAACACUCAUGUCUGCUUAUCUAUAUAUACAUGAUACAGAUGCACUGUUGAGUAUUACGCUCACUGCUAGUAGACAUGGAUUUUGAUUUAAUCAUAGUGUAGCUGUUGAAACUGGUUUUAUAACUAUUGUCUCAACUGUCCAUGAGAGGCGACAACCUGAUGACUGAGAUAAGUGAGAUGUGUUAACCCUCAUUUCUUAAAGGGUUUAUUUUUCUGGUUCUUCGAGGUAAUUUUGUAAUUAUUUAAAUAUUUUUGGGGUCAGGAAGAUGUUUCAGUGAUUAAGAGCACUUACUGCUGUUACAGAGGACCUGAGUUGUUUCCUUAAAGCCCACCGUAAGCUGCUUAAAACUUGUGCGGCACCAGCUCCAGGGUAUCCGACACCUGUCCUCCUCAGACACCAACAUGCGUUUGGGCCCCAUGGGAUCCCUGUGACAGUAUUUCCCAAAAGGGAAUGUAAGGACAAACCGGACGCCAUGCAGCUCCAAAGUAACACAUUCCAAGAAGGGAUAGAUGUGAAGCGGGAAGUGAAUGGUGCUGUUCCCGAUGACCUUUCUCCUGUUCCUCCUGAGCGCCUGUGGACUUCCAAACCACCUCCUCUCUUCCACGAAGGAGCACCUUAUCCUCCCCCCUUGUUUAUCAGGGACACUUAUAACCAAUCAAUACCUCAGCCGCCGCCUCGGAAAAUUAAGCGACCCAAACGAAAAAUGUACAGGGAAGAACCCACUUCAAUAAUGAAUGCGAUUAAGCUACGGCCCAGGCAGGUUCUGUGUGAUAAGUGUAAAAACAGUGUUGUUGCAGAAAAGAAGGAAAUUAGGAAAGGUAGCAGUGACUCUUCUAGGUAUGAAGAUAAAAAGCGGAGAAAUGACAGUGUAGCUACUGUGAACAAAAAACUGAAAACUGACCCUAAAGUGGAUGGGAAAAACCAAACCGAAGGCCAGAGAAGGAGCACUGUGGUGAGGGUCUCCAGUGUCACUCACAGCAGGGGCAGAGUCGUCAAGGUUUCUGCUCAGGCAAAUACAUCAAAAGCUCAGUUAAAUACCAAGAAAGUGCUCCAGAGCAAGAACAUGGAUCACGCAAAAGCUCGGGAAGUAUUGAAAAUUGCCAAAGAAAAGGCACAGAAGAAGCAAAGUGAAACCUCCACUUCCAAAAACGCACACUCGAAAGUCCAUUUCACACGUCGGUAUCAGAAUCCUAGCUCAGGUUCUCUCCCACCUCGAGUGCGUUUAAAACCACAAAGGUACCGGAACGAAGAAAAUGACUCUUCUCUGAAGACGGGACUGGAGAAAAUUCGGAGUGGCAAGCUGGCCCCUAAGCCGCAGUCUCGAUGCACCUCCACCCGCUCAGCAGGUGAGGCCCCUUCAGAAAAACCGAGUCCCUCAGAAGGCCCGGAAGAGUCUGCCAGUGAGGGUCAGGACACAAGCAGAGUGCAUGUGCCUGGUGAGCAGGAGGAACUGCGAAUGUUGGGCAAAAAGGGCAGCAAAAGCAGUCUGUCUGUUUACCUGACCCUAGAUGAAGAGAAAUCUGACUCCUCCAGUGCUUCAGUAUGUAGCAUUGAUAGCAUGGAUGAUUUGAAAUCCUCCAACUCUGAGUGUAGCUCUUCUGAGAGCUUUGUUUUUCCUCCAGGCUGUAUGCAUGCACCUUCUGCCUCUUCUACUUCCUCUACUUCCUCCUCUUCAAAGGAAGAGAAAAGCCUCCGUAAUUCUUUGAAAAUGAAAAUCUUUUCCAAAAAUGUCUCUAAAUGUAUCACACCAGAUGGCAGGACCAUAUGUGUAGGGGACAUUGUUUGGGCCAAGAUAUAUGGCUUCCCAUGGUGGCCAGCCCGUAUUCUUACCAUCACUGUAAGCAGGAAAGAUAGCGGCCUUUUAGCCCGGCAGGAGGCCCGUAUUUCAUGGUUUGCAUCUCCAACAACAUCUUCCCUUGCCCUCUCACAACUCGCCCCUUUUCUAGAAAACUUCCAGUUACGGUUUAAUAAGAAGAGAAAGGGUCUGUAUCGCAGGGCUAUCACAGAGGCAGCUAAGGCUGCUAAGCAGCUGACCCCUGAGGUGCGGGCUUUGUUGACACAAUUUGAAACGUGAACAUGGACAGUAAGGUAGGCGAGAACCACUGGAGCGAUUGCAGAUCCCUGGCUAGCUAGGAAUCAUUUCCACCAGCUAGCUUGGCCAAACUGGAGAGAAAUUGCACUCAGUUGGCUUUUUAUACGUAAUAUAUAGCCAUUUUUAGACUAAGCUUAAAAGUGAAAUGUGCUUCAAAUUUUCUCUUAAAGAAGUAGGACUUUAGGAAUAUUUUCCAGUUUUGAAAUCUAAAAUCAUCCUAAGGCAUAGAAGCCAUAGCUUCAAAUGAAACAAUUUUUGCAGGGACUGUUAAUUGCCAUUUGUAGCUAUUGUGUGUGUAUGUAUGCAUACAUACAUACACAUGUACAUACACAUGUAUAAACUAUUUUCUGUCACCAUGUGACAUGGGUUGCAUAUUUGGGGUUUUAGUAAGGGCUGGAGCUCGGGGAACAGUUGUUAUUCAAUGAUUACUUGUUUUAUCUAGUGAACACUUAGACUUUCUAUGCACAUAAGGGUAUAAACAUUUGAUAUUGGGUGUUUGACAAACUGCGAUGCUUGCUAUGACAAAUUGGUAUGCUUGCUGUUUAGUUAUAGACCAGGCUAUAUACAAUGCCCAGGAUUUGGGAUUAAAGCUAUUAAGACUGGACAGGUUUGGUCAGCACUUUCCUGUCCAGUGAGGUUGUAAAACAGACUGUCAGAUAUUUGGUUGGGAAGUUUAGAUAGGUUUUAUUUGGGGUAUAUAAAUAAUUGAGGGAAAAUUUAGUCAGAUUUCUCCUGGCUGGCUGUUUCUAAAUUCUUAGGACAGACCCUAGCAAUUUACACUUUGUGAAUUAAUGUCAUGUGUAAUUGUUGCAUUUUGGAUGUAACUAACUUGAUAGUUUUUCAGAAGCAUUUUCCGUUUAAGGUAAUCUGUUUGCAGGUCAGAAAAUGAGAAAUGUAAUUGUAUAAUGCAUUGAAAUGUAAAAAAAAAAAAGCUGUAAAUAAAAUCAACUAAAUCCAAA